AUGGAAAUGUUACAACUUUUGAAAGGAGUUGACUUUAAUUCACUUUAUCGACCACGAAAAUAUAUUGUUACUGAGGGCGACAUAUUAAGCUCUGAAAAAGCUAGGAAUUUCGAAAGUCAUAAAGGCAAUGUGGAAAAUGUCGAUUUCAUUAUCCAAUUAGUACCGCGAAGUCGAGAGGUUGGACAAUCUUGGAUAACAACUCCUUUCAGUGUCUUGAAAUCAUUAAUAGCAUGUAUUAGAAUAAUACUAUUUGAUUUACCAGAUUUGGUUAUAUGUAAUGGACCUGGAAGUUGCAUACCGGUGUGUAUAAUAUCAUAUAUUCCAAGGUUAAUAUAUGUAGAAUCAUUUGCCAGAGUUAAAACACUUUCUUUAUCAGGAAAAUUAUUAUUAAAUUUUGUGGAUAGAUUUAUUGUUCAAUGGCCAUAUCUUACACAAAAAUAUCCACAAGCUGAAUAUAAAGGCAUUCUUGUAUAA